AUGAUGGUGAUUGCAUACAAUGUGCAUUGCCGUGGCCAUGCAGCUUUGAAAGUCGGCUGGUCAAUGGCAAAAUUGACAGAAAGUUACUGCAUGGAGCUCAGCCAGAACACCCUGCGACGACAGGCCCAGCUGGAUAGCAUGCGAGCACUGGUGGAAUCGAGCGACGGGAAGCUUGCUGGUGUUGCUGGCACAGAAAGGUUUGCGAGCCUGAGCAGCUCGCACAUGUCGCAGUUUUGCAAAGCCGUGCGAAGCGGCUGCUCGUCGGAGCACGAGAGCUUGCCCACUGUGCUGGUUCUGGAGACCCUCGCCAAGAAGUACACGGACGAGCAGUUCGCCACGGCUGUGCGGCGGGGCUGGGCUUUCUGCAGCCUGAAUGCCAGCAACCACAUUGCUGGCCGGCUCACCGAGAUGGAGAUUGCCAUGAACUUGGCGGCACACUACAAGAGAACGGGCUGCAUGGAUACUGCUGUGGAAGCAUGCAGGGCCAUGUGUGAGUUGGGCUACCUUGAUGCGAUUGCGGAAUGGGUGAAGGAGUACACAGGAGGCGAACAGUUCGUGCUCAUCUGGUCCGUGGCACGGCGGUGGUGGUGGUUUUACUACAUGGAUGGAUGUGGCUGGUAG